GCCGAUCCCCGCCAACAUUUAAUUAUUCAGCAAUUAUUAUAGUUUUGUUUUUUUCUCGGAACAGUCGCGUCCCAAAUUAUCUCCGUUUUGUUCUAAUCAAAGUGCCACACAGUGGAUUAUCGUGCGACAAAUACACGCGCCGCGUUCCGACUCAGCUCUGCUCCUGUAUUGGAUCAGUGGAACAUCAGACUCUUUACAAUUACAACCCUAAAGAGUCGACGUUGUCAGAUUGUCAGCACGCGGGCAGUGUGCCAGUCGUCGUCGAGAUGUGUAGCAAUGUUUAAAAAGAUUUUGUUAUACUCGCAUGAAUUGUUCUUAAUUCACUAAAAUGGAUAAUUCGACGGCGACCAACGUCACAAUGGUGCCGAGACAGAGGCCCGAGCCGAUCAUCUACUUCAUGCUCGAUUUGAUCUUCAUCAUAGGCGCCUUGGCCAACAUACUGGCACUCUGGAUCAUCCACAGGUCGUCGAAGACCCGCAACAAGAAGCACGUGUUCCUGUUGAGAUGUUUGGCGUGCAACGAUCUCGUCGCACAGAUUGGGAUGUUGGCCGCGAUCAAUUUAAAUCAGAUGAGCAGCGAUUUGAAAUUUUAUACGUGCGCCGGAUUUGUGCUUCUUCGCGGCUUUGGAAUCGGCUCGGGCUGUGUUGCCUUUGUGAUGGCACUGGAGAGAUGGUUGGCCCUCACCAGGCCCUUCUUGUACCAUCAGAUUGUGUCGUACAAAAACCUGAAGAUGUUCACGUUUUCCCUCUGGGGAGGCGCCCAACUCUUGACCAUAAUACCCCUGUUUGGAAUCGGCACAGUUUACGACCCGAGCCAAAGCAGGCCCUGCGUCAGCUACAGGUCUUCGACCAACAUGAUGGAGAUGGACUCCUUCAUCUACGCCUACACCUUCAUGGCAUUCGGUUCGGUGCUAUGUCUUUGCAUAGCCUUGUGCAACGUGACCGUUGUGAUCGAGCUGCUGAAGCUGAAGCGGCAGAACAGGAUUCUGGUGAGGAGGGUGAGCAGGUCCAUCAUCAACAGACCUGGAUGCUCCAAGUACCAGACACCUGAGGAAGUGGCAUUCGCAAAGUUGAUGGCCAUUAUUUGUGUCAUCUUUGUUUGCUGCUGGGUGCCACAACUGGUCUCGGUGCCCCUAAUCCACUACCGCCCCCAAUGGGAGAGCUCAGCCUUAAUAACGGUGGGCAACUUCCUGAUGUGCGUCUACUUCACAACGGACCCAUUCCUGUACGUGUUGCAGCGCUACAACAGAGACAUAUGGAGGUUUCUGUUGCCCUGUUGCUUCAUCAGGAGGUCGGCGAUAAGCCUCAACACCGGAACAACAACGACGGGAACGCCGACCUCCGUUUUACUGCAACCGCCUUCCUUUACCAUCCCUGUAAAUAUGUAAAUUUUAACCUUUUUAACUAAUAUGUUUAGUUUAUCCUGAUCAUUCCCCGUCUGGGUAACCCGUGUUUUUUCCUUUUUAUUCAGCCCGGUCACGAUGUUAAUCGAUUUGCUGUCGAGAUAAAGAAAACAUUAUGGAAAUUGUCUAGAGUUACCAGCUCAAAUUAAACCAAGACUAAGAUAUCUUCCACGUUAGUUAGUUAAUAGCCAGGUUAAUAUACUUUGAGGCCGAUGCAAUUUAAUCAUCUCUUCAAUGUCAAGGUGAAUGGGGACUCAGGGGGGAUCUAAUCCCUCUAAUGGAUACCCACCUAACCGAAAACCAAUUGAUCAUUUAAGACGUGUUUCAAGGGAUGAUUUUAAUACUCCGUGAUUUUUAUUUACUGUGUAAAUAUUUGUAUAUAUUGCUAAUAAUUUAGUUACGUUCAGUUUGUUUAAAUAAUCUUCAUUGUUUAACGUUUGAGCUGCACCUUUUUGUUUAUUUAUUUUUGGUUUUUUUUUGGGUUUUUUUUAAGAAAAAAACACCAGCAAUUAACGCCUGGAAGGUGAUAACAUCUCAGCACUCACUCACUGUAAAAACUUUUGAUGAUGUCUCCUCACAAAGCACUGAACAAGAUGUAUUUUAAACAGACUGAUAUUAUGUUUGUGAUAUAACUGUACCAAUAUGAUUAUUUUUAAAGAAAUAUAUCCGUACUUGAUGAGA